AUGUCUUCACCACUCGUCGCGCUGCACCGCGCAGCACCGUCUCCUCUGCGCCUGUGCCGCACCUGUCUCCGGCGAUAUUCAUCCGUGCAGCCCUCGCGCGCGCCCAAGGCCCAGAAGCAAGUCAUCUUCUCGGGCAUCCAGCCGACGGGCGUGCCACACCUGGGAAAUUAUCUCGGCGCACUGCGACAAUGGGUGCGGCUGCAGGACGAGGCAUCGCCCGAUACAACGCUGCUUUUCUCCAUUGUCGACUUGCAUGCGAUUACCGCCAGGCAGGAUCCGCGGCAAUUGGCUGCAUGGCGCAAGGAGAUGCUGGCGAGCCUGCUUGCAGUCGGGCUCGACCCCAAGCGCUGCAUCAUGUUUGCGCAGAGCAGCGUCAAGCAGCAUGCAGAGCUCAUGUGGAUACUCAGCUGCGGUGCGAGUAUGGGCUACCUGGGCCGCAUGACGCAGUGGAAGGCAUGCCUCUCUCGCCAGCACCAAAGCAAGUUAUCCCUCCCCUCCAACGCCUCGCCGCUUGACCCCGCCGCCAACAACAAAGACGCCCUCAAGCUGGGCCUCUUCUCCUACCCGGUGCUGCAGGCCGCCGACAUUCUGCUGUACAACACGACGCACGUGCCCGUGGGCGAGGACCAAGUCCAGCACCUGGAGCUCACGCGCGAACUCGCCAUUGGCAUCAACCAUGUGCACGCGCGCCCGCUGCUGACGGUCCCGGAGACGCUGCUCAGCCCCGCCAAGCGCGUCAUGAGCCUGACGGAGCCGACCAAGAAGAUGAGCAAGAGCGACGCCAAACCCAAGAGCCGCAUUCUCAUCUCCGACUCGACCGCCGCCAUCCACGCCAAACUGAAGUUCGCCCUGACAGACUCCAUCGACGGCGUGAGCUACGACCGCGAAAAGCGCCCUGGCGUCUCGAAUCUCGUCGAUCUCAUGUUCCACUUCGAUGCCGCUGGCGCUGCCUCGCCGGAAGAGCUGGCAGACGACGUGAAGAAUCUGAGUAUGCGCGCGCUCAAGACAAAGGUGGCGGAUGCGGUGGAUGCGGGCAUCAGCGAGAUACGAGCGAGAUACCAGGGCUUGAUGGCUGGAGACCAGAAGGAGCUCAUCCAGCAUGCCGAGCAUGGGGCACAGAGAGCAGAGGUCAUUGCUGAAGGCACAAUGGCCAGAGUCCGCAGUGCACUGGGCAUGGGCUGGUAG